AUGGGAAAGAACCAGUCUAAGCUCACCCCGGAACAACUGGCCGACUUGCAAAAGAGCACUUACUGUGCGUAUCCAGAUGAGCAGGUCGACGGGAAGAGUGCGAGUGGUCCAAGUCUGCUCGCAGCUGGUCUGCUGUCAGAGAUAUGAAAGUCGCUGGGCGUGAGACGAGCGCGGGAUCACGCUACGCACAGCUGGUCGGAUGCUCGGGGCAAUCAAAUGGCGAAGUGAUCCCUAAUCGAGGAAUACAAGCUCACGCUAUGCGCUUCAUUACCCUCCGCAGUCGACCGCAAAGAGCUUCAGCAAUGGUGCGUCCCUUGCAGAUGCUAAAUCGACUCAUGUCGAGCUAGGCCCCAACUCUGACCUGAUCUGAUCACUCGCACGUCAAUAGGUACAAGGGCUUCUUGAAGGAUUGCCCAUCUGGCGUGCUGGACAAGCAGGAGUUCAUCAAAGUGUACAAGUGCGUCGCGCAUUCAGUGAAAAGUGUAUUGGAGUCGAGGCCCACAAGCAGCGCAUUUUUGACGCAACGCAUGGAGGUGGAAGUGUCGCAUAGCGCAGGACACGAGGACACACAUCUGCUUACAUUGCGCCACAGCCUUCAUGAAGAUGGUGGAUGCAGCUGUUCGGGCGUCAUUGGGCCUUGCGCAGAGGGCCGCUGCGAGCCGGACGCUGCUCGAAUGUCCUGGCGGACGCUUGCUCGCUCUCGUCUUUCUCAAGCAGAGCUCGCUCGUUACUUACCCACUCUGCCACUGUAUCGCGCGCAGAUCAUUCUUUGCGUUCGGUGACCCCUCGACAUUCGCCGAAUUCGUCUUCAACGUCUUUGACGAGAAUGGAAACGGCACAAUCGACUUUAAAGAGUGUGAGCUCAAGUCUGGCAGCCUUUGUCUUUGCUCUCGGUGCCGCUUUAAUCAUCCGCUUUGCCUUGGCGCUCCAAAGUCAUCUGUGCACUGUCUGUCACUUCCCGAGGCAGGCUGGACGAGAAGCUGAGGUGGGCUUUCCAGUUGUAUGACAUCGAUGGUGAUGGCACAAUCACGUGAGCGCUCGAGCUUGCCAGCCAGCCUGGCAUACGAAGCAGCGGCUGAUUCCCCGGCUCUUCGUGCCGACCUCUUCUGCCUCAGCUACGAUGAAAUGCUGAGUGAGUAAGAGGUGGGCAGCAUCACUGAUUGUUUGCUUGUGCACAAGCUGCCAGCCUUCAUGGGCUGGUAGAGAACGACGACCUCUUUGCAGGCCUGCGCCUUUGCUCUGCAGCCGAUUGCGCGUCGCUCGGUCUCCUCAAAAGGAAGACCGAAAGCUCUUUGAGUUGCGCUGUACGAUGACUGAUCUCUCUCUCUCUUCACAUACGCAGCUAUUGUGAGGAGUAUCUACAAGAUGACCGGUCAGAUGGUCAAGCUGCCUGAGGAUGAGGACACGCCGGAGAAAGUGAGUCGGGGAACGACUUGAUGCGGGCUUUGCCGUACUAAGCUCGCCUCCAUCAAAUACUGCUCAACAGCGCGUCGACAAAAUCUUCCGUAUGAUGGACCGAGACAAGAAUGCGCAGUGUGAGUCGUUGCUGGAAGUCUGGGAGCGAAUGACAGGUCGACCCGCUUGCUCACUUGGCCUUCCUUGACAUAGUGACAUUUGAAGAAUUCAAAGAAGGCUCCAAAUCCGAUCCGACCAUCAUCCAAGCAUUGAGGUGAGCCGAGCCGGUACUUUCACUCUCAAAGGAGCUUUGACUGACCCUUCGAUGCCUUUUGUAGCUUGUAUGAUGGUCUGGUCUGA